UUGGAGGAGGCAGGAAAGUAGGCGGGGGUCUGGGGGCCGCCCAGGCCCCCAGCACAUUUUGUGCACACUGAACACGUUUCGUGCAAAAUCCUUGAUUCUAGGGCCUUCUAAGAUGUUACUUGACUAACUCAUUCUAAAAGUAAGAUUUGGAAUGCUUUUUAAGGGAGGUAUCAUGUUCUUAGUUAUUGGAAACAACAUAAAUUCUAAUGAACUUUAAAUUUUAAUUUUUUUUGGCUCAAAAGUUGGAGAAGGCAGCUGCCUCCUCCGCCUCCAUGUAAUUUACGGCCCUGAAUAUGAUAUGCACUUUUUUUCAAGGAUUUUUGGCGUGAGAAAGGGGUGCGCAUUGUUUACCAAAUAGUUUUUUUUUUUUUUUCAGGUGAAACUUGGCGGUUAAGUAAUGUUUUACUCGGAGACAUAUCGUAUGCUUGUUCACGUUGUUCACCUAAUCGAUCUCAAGAAAAUUACUACAGAACGUAAAAUUGUAGAAAAUAUUAUACUUAACAAUUAAAUUAUUAUAAAACAGCCAAUUAAGUUUCAUUCGAUCUUACAUUCAUAUUAGAUAUUCAUCAUCGUGCAAAAGUGCCACGAUAUCAUCAUACCAUGACCGGCACAUGUUUUUCGAAGCCAUCGUUGUGUACAAGGACUUCGUCACUUGAUUUUAUCAGACACCUAUUCAGGGUACUUUCUGCAUGCUGCACGAUUUCCAUGGAUCUGGGAAUAUGCUAUUUUCUUUUCUAGUAAAUGACACGCGACUGACAUACUUCAUCUAUCUAAAUGCAGCGAAAUUUCGGAGAGUUAUGUUUGAAUUCUUCAUUUCACUACCGUCUCCAAAUAAUGGUAGUGUACGAUUACAACACAUUGAACACUUUUACUUUAUUUCUAUAACGUCGGCUAUUUGAUUUAUUUGAAGUGUAAACAAAGAAAAUAUCUAGUGUUCUUUAAUGCUACAAAAUAUCAUGCUUUGCUAAAAUUAAUAUAUUAUUACCGCGCUGUAUCCAAAUUCCUGUGCUUUGUUGAGAACUUACAUUAGUUCCACAAAGAUUUCUAGUGAAAUUGAAAUUGAAAAAGGUCAAGAAUACUGCUUGGUUAGAAUGUUUACAUUAAUCACCAGUAAUUAUGUAAAUUGGGAAAAGGAUAUCAAACAAUCGUUCCAGUUUUAUACAAAUGAUAAUAUUGUGCUCUAGUUUAGUCCUCAUUACUUUAGGCACAAAUUACAUGUAACUUUAAUUCCAGAGGGGAGGGGGUGUCCGCACCUCCACUCUAGAUCCGCGCAUGAUUCGGAUAUUGUCAUUAAGCGGUGUUUUGUGCACAUGCCACUAAAUGCUAAGUGACCGACGGUGAGUGGGAUGGUUAAAGUGUAAAUGCAGGAAAAGAAAGUUCUCCUUAUGUGUGAAAAUUGCGUUCUAAUACUUCAACACCAGUUCCACGAUUUAAUGAUGAAAAUAGUAACCAAUGACUAGCUAUCAUGUAUUUUUAAAUAAGACUAAGUCACAGAACACGUGCGUCAGUUAUCGACAAAUGUAAUGCGAUUCUAUAAUUCUAUAAACAAAUAAUUAUUACAGCGACAUAGGAACAGGGGGAUUUGGCCCAAACAUUCUUUUGUUUUGAGAAUGUAGCUUUUCCAUAAAUUUUACAUGCGAAUUUUGAUUUAUCCCCCCCCCCCUUUAUGGUAGUACUGAAUGCUUGCGAAAAUGUAAGCAUGAAAUGAUUAGAGUUGUAGAUCUGUUGACAUUGAUUGCAAAUGCAGUCAGAGUCGUUCGUUUCUACUAAAAUGUUUUCUUAAGAAAUGUUUUUUAUCUAUUCAUUUUUUUUUUUUUUUUUUUAACAUGUAAUGAUCGGGGUUCACCAGGUUUUGUCCUCUUGGAAUACACAAUACAAGCGUAUACUUUUUUUCAAGCUUACAAAUGAGUAAUAAGUUAGAUAUCUAGAUACUACAUCGUUCAUCGUGGGAAUAUUUCAUUACUAUAUAUAUCAUGGAGUAACCUCUCCUAAAUGAGUUUGACAACUUUGUAAUGUAAACGACAGAUCGAUGAAGUUGGAAUUGUUUUGAUAGGUUUAAACAUGCAAGUCAUAAAACUACAGGUACUGCAGCAUGUAAAUAAUGAACAAUUUAUUGUAAUGAAUUGAUUUUCAAGUGUAUUAUAUUUAAAGCCUGUAUGUUUGACUUGCUACUAAUUCAAUUUUUACGGGGAAAAUAUAACCGGAUUUUGCAUUCGAACUCUCGCACUGUUAUGCUCUGGUAAAAAGGUACCGAUUAAGCUAUCGCGCUUUCAUUUUCGAUAUUAUUAAACUUUUUACUUUAUAAACAAAGAUUGCAUUCGGUUGCAGACGUGUAUUUUUUUUUUUAAAAGCCAGUCCAAAGCCAUAAUAAAAUUCUUACUUAAUAACAUACAUAUUAUGUAUCAUGAGUGGGUUUUUAAUUCAGAUGGACAAUCACAGUCUUCGACGUUAACUGGUGGCCCGAGGCCAGUAAAAUCGGGAUCGGGCUUCUAAAAAUAUUUAACCCAGGAGUCUGGCGGGCCUAUAAAUGUUUUCUUAUAUGUUCUUUAUAUAUUAUUAAUAAAGCGUGAAAUUGACUCAGACUUUGUUAUGACUUGGCAGCAAUCGGAUUGGACUUACAGUUGAAUUCCAUAGGCGCAACAAUGCUGCCUUUUCUAAAGUAUAAGGAGGGGGCUCGUCUGGGAUAUUCUAAAACCCCCAAGCGUAAUUUGGAGUCAGAGUCAUCAGAUCCAAAUCCCAAAAAACGAUCAUACGAGGAUAAAAGAGAGCGGAAAUUUAUGCCCCACUGGACAGAGGGUAGGCCAUGGUUAACGUUUGAUACUGAAAAAAAGAAAAUGUUUUGUACGUGGUGUGUACAAAACAAGGUGUCAGAUUGUAAGUUUGUGUCUGGGACUGAGAAUUUGAAAUUGUUUGCUGUAAAACAGCAUGAAGCAAGCAAGUACCACAAACACUUUGCACCGAAAUACAUAGCUACCUCAACAGUCUCGGGGCAGAUAUCAGAUGCCCACAAGUGCCUAGAAAUGCUUCAAAAGGCGGACUAUGAUCGACUAGUCAUUAAAUUUAGAACAGCUCAUGCUGUUGCAAAGCAUCACAAGUCAUUUCGUGACUAUAGUUUCAUAUGUAGACUAGAUGCUGCAAAAGGAUUAGACGUUGGCAGUCAAUACCGCAAUGAUAAAGCAGGGGCAUCUUUUGUCAAGUGUAUUGCAAAUGUUACAAGGAAUGAUGUUGUUCAAAAGCUUACAGAAGCCAAGUUUUUUAGUUUUACCUGUGAUGGUAGCACUGAUUUUACUGGAGAAGAGCAGGAAAAUUUUUACGUUCGAGUUUGUACUAAUGGCAUCAUUGAAGAUAUUUUUUUCCAUAUUGGAAGCCCAGAGUCUACUUGUGCCAAAGACAUUCAUGACUAUAUCUCAGGUGUAUUUCAGUCGCUUGGACUCGAUGAAGUAUUUCAACACAAGUUGGUUGGAUUUUGUGCGGACGGGGCAUCCAAUAUGCAAGGACGUAAAUCUGGAUUAGCAGCCCUUCUGAAGGAGUCAAGGCCAUACCUCAUUGUUACUCAUUGCCUCGCUCAUAGACUUGAGUUGGGAUUCAAAGACGCCAUAAAAGUGCAUUCACAGAAACUUUACGACCGUGCUACGACUCUACUAAUAGGACUGUAUUAUCUAUACCGCAAAAGCCCAACCCAGAAGAAAAGUUUGAAGAGAUGUUUUCAAUCGUUAGAGCAAACCCAGAUUUUACCAACUAGAGUAGGUGGUACACGCUGGUUACCACACACUCAGAGGGCAAUCAAUGCACUGGUUAAAGGUUACAAAGCCUUCAAGAUGCAGUUGGACUCCUCUUCUCACAAAAAUGCUAAAGCUGAGGGAUAUGCAAGGAUGUUACAGGAUGGACACAUUAUUGCAUAUUUACUGAUGCUGAAGGAGCUUAUAGGUCACCUGAUGCGGCUCUCUCUCUUUCUACAGAAGAGGAACCUUACUUUAGCUGACGCAUACAUCAGACUUUCUGCCACUGAGAAUUUGUUGGAGAUGUUGUCAAACAUGGAGAUGAAAACAGUAUCUGAAGUUGUUAGUAAAGAGGAGUAUCAGAGGGAACGCUUGACAUUCAAGGGAUCAAAGCCAGAUGGAAAGGCCACUGAUAUAAUAUCAGCCAUUCAGAAAUCAUUGAAAGACAGAUUCCCAUUGGAUGAUGUACUAAAAUCCAUAGGGAUAGCAUCUUUCAAUAACUGGCCACAACCAGGAUUCGAAUCAGAUACUAUUGGAGAGUAUGGCAAUGACAGCAUUCAGCUAUUGAUGAAACAUUUUCAUGACAUCCUACAACGUUCAUGUGAUGAGCCUUCUGAGAUUAUCAACGAAUGGUUACUUCUAAAGACUCUUGUCUAUGAGAAGUUCAGUGACAAACUAACAAAGCUCAGUCUCCAGUGGAUGGAAGUACACUCACAGCUUAGCCAGCAUAUAUAUGGACUUGCAAAUGUGUUUUUGCUCUUGGACUUGGUACAAACCAUGCCACCCACAUCUGUUAACAACGAGUGCUUGUUUUCAGCCAUGAAACUCACAAAAGGAAGGAGACGAAGGAGAAUGAAAACUUCAACACUCAAUGACCUUAUGAUGAUCAACGUUCAGUCAUCUGACAUAGAAGAAUUUAAUCCUGAUCCGGCCAUCAAGAAUUGGAUGAAAACUGCAUCGGGGCGCCGCAGACGUUUGGGGUACCACAGGACUCGGCCUAUUCAAGCACAUGACAAGACUGGGCAAUGCAUGACAAGUGAAUCAACAUCAACGGAUUCUGUGGAGAUAGUUGAUGUCACUGGAGCAGUCACAAAUACUGACACAGUUGAAGUAGCAAAGGCUGCUGGGACAGACUCAACUGCUGUUGAAGUUGAAGGUGCAGCUAAUAUAUAUGCCAGGAACAGUCAGAACUUCAGAUGCAGAUCGGUGGGAAAGAUUUUGUUGAGUCAGAUACAGAUACAGAAGAUGAAGAGGAUUAUGGUUAUGAAAGUGAUGAAAUGACUGAAGUGGAAGUUGAACAUGAGUUGCUGAAUUAUCUGCAAAAUUAAAAUAUUGAAAAAUAAAAUAAGAUAAUCCUUUUAA